UUUAUUAAAAAGAUUAGUAAGGGUCACUGCCUUAUGACCCGAACAUUGUGGAUACCUGCUGUACCCUAGGGACUUGAUCUCACUCUCCUCUACUGUAUAUAUUAGCCUUGUCAAGUAUUACUCCUUAGUCUGUCCUCAACCCUGAAGGUGUGAAUUACACCAAAGCGCUUGGGAACUUAGUGUUUUCUUGUUACCUUGUGGUUAUCAGUUUGUAUAGUUGCACACUGGUUUCAGUUAAAUAUCCUUAAGUUUUAUAUUAAUAUCAACAAUUUCCCCCUGCCCAUAACUACAUCACAAAUUAACGAUUGAAAUAACUGAAAAUCAAUUUGUAGUUUUCAGUGCAGCAUUAAGAGUUAAUUAAAGCGUCCUAGUGUUGUGUUACCGGAUCAGCUGACUGAUUCGCUCUGUAAUACGACGCGGUAUAAGGAGCCAUCUAAACGCCAGACCUAUCAUCAGGACCCCUACUAUAUGUACAGAUUACGUUAAUAAGUAGCGUAAUAGAGUUUUAAUCGUGAUACUGACGAAAAAAAAUCGAAGAACGAAUUACAAGGUGAUAGACAGCUGUCAAUUACAACUUGUUGGAAAGAGACUAAUAUGAAGAAAGUAAUAAUUCGUCUGCAUUCUUGGAAGGAGCUCAAGUGUCAACACAAUAAUUAUUGAGUAUGAUCAAUUGCCAAAGUUUAGCGUCAAAAGGGGAAGAAUGAAAUAUGUGGUCUAUGAAGGUGGUUGGUGAACGUAUGGUUCAUUCAACGACUCUUAUGUAGAUGUUCACACCGGGACCUCCAGACCAGGUAGAUAUUCUCAUACAAUGAACAACAUAUUGCCUUCACCAUGUUAUCACCCCCUCCAGGUACUGAAGUAUGAUUGGUCCCCAGAGUGUCUCCUUGCUACCUCCAGGUGUUGAGGUGGGAGGGGAUCUCUCGGGUAAUAUCAGGGUGGUAACAUGAGAGCUGUGUUCCGGCAAUUAGAAAAAAAAGGACUGUGUUAAGAGUUCUUUCACCUCUUACUGGACCCUAAAGACCGCCUUACCACAGGAAUGCUGUUAUUUUCUUUAUCAGGUAGCAUAGCUUCCUAUUUUUUUCUUAGAAUGGAAAAAAGUAUAUUGUCAUAUAUACAAUAAUAAUGAGUGAACAUACUGUAUAUCUUUUACCAGAAAGGCAAAAUAAAAUAAACGGUUCUUUCUCAAUUUCCUCUUGGUGAUGGGACUACAAUUUUGGCCCCGAAAUAAAGGCCGAAUUAUCUAUUAAUAAACUAGAGUGACAGUGAAAUUGAGUCCCGGAGGUCAGGCAGCAUGGCCAGUCCAAGGCAAUUGUUAAUGGGUAAUUGUAGCCUCGAUGCUCCUACAAUUGGUGUAAGCGAGAAUACUGCCAUUUUGUUCUCUUAUCCUCCCAGUGAACUCGGAGGAUGGAACAUAGACUACGUACAGGAAAGUUCUCAAGGUGCCUACGUAAUAAUUACCUUUUACUGCAAACUAAUCAAUUUUCCUUUGGAAAAUUAUUUCUAGAUAUCUAAAAUUGGAUACAAAUAACCUAUUAACGAUAUAUAAAUUGUUUAUAUCGAAUAAUCUGAUGUUAUCACACAACACAGGGGCUUUAAUGUGUUUAUACUGGCGGCCGCUUGACGACGCCAACGACCUGCCACCGUCACGGGAGGACCAUUGAGUGAGCCAUCCUCCCAUAGUGCCAGAAUCCUUGCCUAUGCUUUUGUGUUGUUGUUGGUGGAAGUUACUAAAAUAUGUAUUUACCUUUCUGCCAGGUUUUACUGCCUAAUGUGUAGGUUUUGGGUUGCAUAUGAACCGCUGAGCGUGAAUACUCGCCUUUGAGUACGCCAUAUUGCUUAAUAAUGGCCCUAGGAUUGUGUGUAUCUAAUAUAACAAUGAAUUAAUCUUCCUAUCAAAAAGUUUUUAAAUAUAAUAAGCUAGUAAGAAUUUAUUGAAUAAUUCAUAUAUAUACUAUGGAGGACAAAAGUUCCUUCCUCAGCCCACCCUCACUGGCUGCCAUCCCCGGGCCAUACACAGUGAGCCAUCUGUUGGACCAUUACACCACUUUCCUCAGUUCGAACCUCAGGUGAUUCAGUCACAUUGUGGCUGGCUGAGGAACUUUAGUCCACCAUAGUACGUAAUUAAUUUUACGAGGAGUCUUUUUAAAUCUUUUAAGAGACUUUGGCGUACGAGUUGUAAAGGCCGUGGCCAGUACUGAUGAAGAAAGUCCCUUGUGCGUAGUUUGGUUGGAGAAAAAUUAAUCAUGACUCGCAACACUAAGUACGAGAAAGGACAGGGUUUAUGGGGCCUGGAGCUGCCGCCACCUCCCCCGGCAUGGCUGCCCGCUGAACUGGAGAGGCUGUAUUCUUCACCACCCUUACGCCGCCACUGGCCGGUCUUGGGUUGUGACACAGCUCCAACUAACAGUCCUCCAACUUGUGACAGACCUCCAGCUUGUUACAGAAACAAAAAAGCAUUGUGUAGCUUCUGCAAGAAAAAUGAUGAGGAAAUUGAAGUUUAUUGUAGUCAUUCCCUCAGGGACACCACUGGACUUCUAACAUGUCCUGUACUGAGAUGCUAUGUUUGUCCUAAGUGUGGUGCAACAGGUGACAAUGCACAUACAUUAACUUACUGCCCGUCGCAGAGGGAAAUUACAGACAAGUCUUCCAGUUCAAAAAGAGUAAGUUCACAGCUGAAGAAAACCAAACGAAAUUCAACAUCAGUGAGGAAUUGCCCAUAGUCCUGAGCUCAUGGGCUGGCUGCACAUUAUUAUUUUGUUGUUGGAUAUUGAUCAUAUUUUGGUAUGAACUUCAUUGUGGUCAGUGCUGGGAGUAACUAUAUAUAAUGCAGUACAGUACUCUAAUUAAAACUAGUAGCAGUUGUGUAGCUGAAUAUCUUGGUACAGUUUAUAAGCAUAGUAAUGAUCAUUGGGAUUUUUCCACGUACCAUACAGUAAACUUUUACUGUAUAAUGACUAAUUAUUAUGGCAAAAUAGUUAAAGCUAUUUAGUUUAUGUUUUGUGGCAGGCCAGCAAAGUUAGUGCACCUCCUCCAGAGUUAUUGAUGUUUUAGUUGAAGUCACUUUUAAAAAAGUUUCAGCUUUGAUCAUAUAUUUUAAUUACAUAGAAUCUAACUUUGGAUUUUAAUAUUGCGUUGCAUUAUAUUUUGCGGAAAUAGAAGAAUAAACACUUUAUUGAGUAAAUUAAAAGACUUUGCCUCCUAAUAUAAGCAUACUGUAUAAACUAAAAAGUUGACCUUACAGUUAUUAUUCAUUAUACACAAAGAUAAGAUUUAUGUGCUUGAUAUCAUAAUAAGUCAUUUUCUCAUCUUUUCCAUUCAUUAAGAGUAAAAAUUUUCAAAUCUCAUUGUGCUUAAUGUAAAGUUUGCUGGCUGAAAUACUGCCAGAACAACAAGCUUGGGAGUUGGCCACAAGCUACAGAUGGUAAGUCUGGCUUACCCGAGUUAAGAUUUUCAAAGACGUGUACAAUUUAUUUUAUUUUUUGUACCAUCAAUUGAAGAGACUGUAUAAGAAUUUGCCGGACUAAUUACAGUAACUUAAAUUAAUGAAAAUGAAGUAUCUUAAUAUUUUAAUUAAUAUAUAUUCCUUUCACAUAUUUUUGUUUGCCCUGAGAAGUUAAGUGAAAAAGUUAUCAUUUAUGUUCUUUGGGGUGAAAAUUCAAGUACCCUGUACUGUAUACUGUACUGUACUGGUCAUUGUGAAUGAUAAUUUAUAUUGUUGAACUCGGGUACAGUACUGUAUAUGCAUGUUGUGUGUAGUACUGUUGGCAUUUUUUAUUUAUUUGGCCCAUGAGGUAUUAGUUUUCUUUACUUUUGUGAAAGAAAAACUUUCUUUACAAAAAAAUUACUUUUUAAAUGGUUGGAAAUAUUUUUUUACCAGUGUUAAAAGAAAUGGCAAUUACCUUAUACUUUUGCCUUUAUCCUCGUCGCCACUGAUCGGCUCGUUAGCCGCAUGGGCGAUCGAUCACGUCUCUGUGGCAAAGUAACCUACCUCAUGUGUGUCAUCUGUUUAUAAUGCAGUAGUGUUUCUUACAUGUACAGUAUACACAGUACAGUGGUAUACUUGAUAUGUAGCAGACUAUAGUGUGUUUUUUCUCAGCUGAGAAAAGAUGCCCCAUCCCCUCCUCAAGAGUUACAGCUGAUUGGCUGUUGCAAAC